AUGGCUGACAAUGAGAUCAAAAACAUGAUAUCUGAUCUUAUGAAACGACUUGGCAGCCUUAAAAAUGUUCGUAAUAAGGCUGCACCAGGGGACUCGAGCCAGAGUGAGGACGAUGAUCAUGGCACCAGGAUCAUCACUCUUGCUGGAACUAAUGUGGGGGCCAGUAUGCGCGGUAAGACGGAGGAAAAAGUUGGCAUUGAGGGCGAUGCAUCGGAGGAAAAUGAAGCGUUGAAAACGUAUGUAAACAACAAUUUUCAAUCACUCAACAAUUCCAUCAUGUUGGGGGGUCGAUAUUGUACUAAUGACCCUGGUGUUCAUUUUGACAUUAGUGAUUAUAUGGAACAACACAAGCCGCCACCACAAGGGCGUGGAAGUAAGAAAGGCAAGAGAAACGUAAGGGAAACCUCCAAAAGUGACCACUAUUCAGAACGAUCAGACUAG